AUUUAAAAAUAAUUGCUCUGAAUCUAUAUCGCUGUUUGACGUUAGCGACGACUUUACCAAAAGUAAAUAAAUUCACUUUUCUAAAAGGUGCGGUUUACAAAGAAUUUGAGUUAUCUGAAAAAAGGGAAAAGUGUUUUUAUUAUUGAAAAUUGGAAACCCUUAGCAUUCGAAACUCCGCAAUCGACAUUUCGACAAUUCGAACUGCAACUCAUCGAAUUAUAUUUAUCUAUAGAGGUAUGUGAAGUUCUAUUUCGCACGCGAUUUAAAGAAACAUUUGUUAAGAUAUUCGCUUUUAAAACACUUAUUUGUAAUAUAAAACCAAAUUUAAAAUGUCGGCGAGUAGUAGCGAUGUAAAAACAGAACAAAUUGACUUAGCAAAGCUUAGUUUGGAACAAUUAAUGCAAAUCAGACAGGAAAUGGAAAAGGAAAUAAACAGCAUUCAAGCUUCAUUACAAACUCUUUACAAUUGUAAAGCGAAGUAUGCUAGCUCGAAGGAAGCGCUGGAAUCAUUCCAACCUGAGUGGCAGAACCGUCAAGUAUUAGUGCCGCUUACAAGUAGCAUGUAUGUACCUGGACGCAUUAAAGAUCUCGAUAACUUUGUAAUUGAUGUAGGCACAGGUUAUUAUGUGGAAAAGAAUUUGGAAAGCUCUAAGGACUAUUUCAUGAGACGGGUGGAUUAUUUACAAGAACAAAUAGAGAAAAUUGAAAAGAUCCAAAUACAGAAAAGUAGAUUUCUAAAUGCUGUUGCAGGUGUGAUGGAGAUGAAACAACUCGCACUCUCGAAACAAAUGCAACAACAACAAAGUGCAUAAAAACAAAGUUUUCCUUAAUAGUUCGACAAAAAAAUUCACAUAUAUCAUGGAAUAUUGAAAGUUUAUUAGCGGAAAUUUGCUUGUAAUGAAUGAAUCCGCCUGCAAAUAAAAAUAAAUGAAAUGCUUUUAAAAACGAGCUUUUCAUAUGCCAAUCGA